GAUAGCAAGAACUAAGAGGCUUAAAUUAAAAGCAUGAAUAUGCUUAGAGAAAGAAGACACAGUUCAGUGAGAAUAGCUACACUACUAAGCUCAAAUUGUUAUAGUGAUAAUCAUGGGGUCCUACUUCUCCUUCUUUUGUUACUACUACAGAUUUCAUCUCAACUUGCAAACUGUGGCAGCAUAGUGAAGUUCCUUCCAGGAUUCCAGGGACCCCUUCCUUUUGUUCUUGAAACUGGGUAUAUAGGAGUGGGUGAAAAUGAAGAUGUGCAGGCUUUCUACUAUUUCGUCGAGUCAGAGAACAAUCCUAAGGUGGAUCCUCUCAUGUUGUGGCUCACCGGUGGUCCUGGAUGCUCUGCUUUCUCUGGCCUUGUCUUGAAAUUGGCUUUACAUAUGCCAGAUCAGAAUCUGUCACAGCGCGAAGCGACUCAUUGCUAGUUAACCAAACUCAUCAAUUUCUUAGGAAGUGGCUAACUGAGCAUCCACAAUUUUUCUCAAAUGAAUUUUUCGUUGGAGGCGAUUCAUACUCCGGUAUUCCUAUUCCAAUAAUUGUUGAUGAAAUUUCACGAGAAAAUGAAGAAGGAGUCCAACCUUGGAUAAAUCUUCAGGGGAACCUUCUGGGGAAUGCUGCAACAACCCGAGUUGAGAAAAACUAUCAAAUCCCAUUUGCUCAUGGAAUGGGACUAAUUUCUGAUGAACUAUACCAGGUAGUUAAGUUCACUUUCACUGCAAACAAUUGUAGCGGAGAAUAUAUAAAAGUAGACACUAGAAGUGCAUUAUGUUCAAGAGAUCUCAAGUCCUUUGAUGAGAUGACAUCAGGACUCAAUAAAGCCCAUAUUUUGGAACCCUCAUGUGAAUUUGGUUCACCUAAACCAUUGAAGGCUUCUUGGAGGCGAUCUAUAACCGAAAACUAUCCUUUGAAGUUUGUCAGCAACACUCGUCUCAGAUUAUCACCCUUGAACUGCCGGACUUAUGGAUACUUCCUUAGUAGUUAUUGGGCCAAUGAUGACAAAGUACUGAAUGCGCUAAACAUACAAAGGGAACAAAAAAGAAAUGGCAACGCUGCACCUACAAUAUACCCAACAAGGAGGAUAUCCCUAGCAGCUUUCCAUAUCAUGCAAAGCUCAGCAGAAAAGGCUAUCGUUCGCUGAUAUACAGCGGCGAUCAUGACAUGAAUAUCCCUUUCAUGGCGACUCAAGUGUGGAUAAGUUGCAGGGUAUUCUCCUAACUAUAUAUAGUUAUGUAAAUAUUAAAUUUCCAUUUUGGUUACUGAAAUCUACGGGAUUAUUCAUUUUGGUUCUCGAAAUUUAAAAUUACCUAUACUGGUCUUCUAGAUUCAAGUCCAGGCACCAAUGUGGUCCCUUGAUUCUUUCCGGUGAUGACUAGAUACAUGGAAUGUGAGAUGGCCCUACCACACUGAAUGAUGCGUAAACGACAUCGUUUACCCUUCGCGUCCAAACAAGUUAGAAACGUCGUCCAAGUAAACAACUCUUUUAACAAGCCAGACUUUUGAGGUUCUACUACCAAUGUUAUGUAUACAUAUAUAUAUCA